CUUUGCGCCUCGUGAAUUCUUAAAUUACGAAUCCACACUUUCAACUUACCAAUCUCUUUUCCCAUUCCUGAAGGUUAACAGAUUGCAGUGUUAAGAUGUCAUCCUGGUCCGUAGAGGAGGCAAUCAUCAGUGAAGAAUCUUAUUUCUGAUGUCACAUCUACAGGAAGCAUUUAGAAAGACUUUUCCUGCCAUAAUGCCAAAACGUAAUUGUAGAAGAGAACCAUUGGGUGGCAGCACCAUAGAUAGGGUACAGAGCAUCUUGCGAAGACGCGUUUGCAGAAUCGAAGUUCCCCCUAAAGACAUCAUUGAAGAAAACCUCAAGGAGCAAAGACAGCAUCUUGUGGACCUGAUAAACAGAUGUGCCGUCAGAGGAGAAAGCAACUCAGCAAUAGUCACUGGACCGCAUGGGAGCGGUAAAACAAUGCUUGUCUCUAGCGUCUUGAGAGAGAUUGAAUCCAAUCCCAAAGUCAGUAAGAAUCUUCUCAUCAUUCGUCUGAAUGGGCUCCUGCAGACCGAUGACAAAAUUGCCAUACAGGAGAUCACCAGACAACUGCAACUUGACAAUGUGGUCGGUGAUAAAGUCUUUGGCUCAUUUGCUGAAAAUCUGGCAUUUCUCCUGGAGGCAUUGAAAAGAGGUAGUGACACAGCACAGUCAGUCUUAUUCAUCUUGGAGGAGUUUGACCUCUUUGCCCAUCACAAGAACCAGACGCUGCUGUAUAACCUGUUUGACAUCUGCCAGUCAGCACAGACACCCAUAGCAGUCAUUGGUGUCACACGCAGAUUGGAUGUUGUAGAACUCCUGGAGAAACGUGUCAAGUCACGCUUCUCCCAUCGUCACAUCCAUGUCUUCAACUCGCUCGCCUUCCCUGCUUACAAGGAAGUCUGUAAGAGGGUGCUUACACUACCAGCAGAGGUUGGGGACGCAAAGUUCGUCAAACGUUGGAACCAAGAUAUCGAGGCAUUAUGCAGCAAUGCAACAGUCCACGAUGUUCUCAAGAAAACCUACCAAUUGGACAAAAGCAUCUGCAGACUUCAGUCACUCUUGCUUUUACCAAUCUGUAAAGUGACCGAGGACCACCCAGCGAUAGAGGCAGUGGACCUAGUGGAGUCCAGUAAACAUCUUGGUGCUGAUUCUAAGGCGGCCAUGUUGCAUGGCAUCUCUGUGCUGCAGUUGGCGUUAGUCAUCGCUAUGAAACACUUGACUGAUUUGUAUGAAGGUGAUCCGUUCAACUUUGAAAUGCUGUAUAAUGAAUACCUGAAGUUUGUGCAGAGGAAAGCUCAUGUCGUCCAGAGUUUCGAAAAACCAGUCGUUUUAAAGGCUUUUGAACAUCUCGUUUCCUUGGAGAUUGUGAAGCCAGUCGACGGACAUGGUUCUCGCACCCAGAAAGAAUACCGGGCGAUGUCCUUACUGGUCACGUCGGCACAGCUCAUGGAUGUGCUCAAUACCUACCCAGGUUGUCCGAGCGAGUUGAAACAUUGGGCCUCCAAUCCUCUACCUUCAUGAUUUCAGAUCAGCAAUUUCUUGUGAUUCCUCAAGACAAGAAGUGACACUCGUGUUAUUCCUCACUGCAGCUGAAGAGUAUGCCAUACAUGUACACUUCACAGGAUGACUGAGCAAAACUGACACAUUUUGCCUGAAACCCUCAAUGACAGUUGACUCUCGCUUACGCAAACUCUGUCACAACAAACUGUGGAGUGCCGUGGCCUAGUGAUCUGGAGCAUCGAACUCAUAGCCUGCGGGUUGGGUUUGGGGGUUUGAGUCUAGCCUGGGAUUGUGGUGCAUAUGUCCUCGGGCAAGACACUUUACACGCAUUGAUGUGCACAAUGAAUUAGACCGUCGAUCGCCUGUCUGCCUCAUGCAAAAUUUGGACUUAAAUAUUUUGCUAGGUCUGACUGCAUGAGUUUGAAUUUAUAUAUGGACAGUAAUCCCUUCUGAUUUUGAUGAGAUUCCUUAUAAACAUUCCCAUGCUCUGGAGACUUGACCAGAACUCCAAUAGUUGUUUCUGGUACAUACAGGAUUCUUCCUGAAUCCUUUAAAAUCCUUCAAUGUGCUGAAAGCCAGUGGAAGCGUCCGGUUUACCUAAAGUUUGUUAAGGACAUCAUGUCUCUCAUUUUGUAUUAGUAAUAGAAAAGGAUCAACCAAUCCUAUGGCAAGUUUGCCUCAGACCUCAUACGCAACCACCAAAAUAAACUACUUCUGAAUUCUCCGUAAUCCUCCCAAAAGGAAAGUAGUGGCAAGUUAUUUGUACUUACAGAUAAAACAAUAAGCCAUUUGCGAGUAACCUAUACCCUUUGGGAUUUACAUUUGAAAAACGUCUGGUACAAUGACUUGCUCAGAAUGCUUGGCACAUUUUAACUGUGAAUUCUCCAGACCAAAGACAC